CUCAAAUCAAAAAACAGAGAGAAAGAUAUCAUCGAAAGGGAGUAAACAGGAAAUUAUUAAACUGUCAAUCGAUACUCGAGACUGUCACGGAUUUUACAAUCGAAAUGUUCAAAUCGAAUAAAUUGCGAGACGAGGAGAGCGGCCUCGAUUCCGGCCUGGAUGUCUGCAAGCAGUUGCGGGACAACCUCGAGGACUGCCUGAAUAUCGUCGAACGUCUGAAUCAGAGAUACAAUGGGGCUCCGGUUGAGGGUCCCCCAUCCGUGAGCUCCUCUCAAAGUAGUGGCGAUUUCUUGUUGCAGCCGCAGCAGGAGCCGGACCCGGACCCGGAGUCGGAGACGGAGCCGGAGCCGGAGCUGGAGGUGAAAGCCGGUGUCAGGACCGGCCAAGAGGUCUACAGCUCCUACGUGGACAUGUACACGAAAUACAUGAAGCUCAAGCGCGAACUGAAUGCCACAGUGUCGCACGCCAAGCAGAUCAACGAAUUGGCCAAUGGUCGACGCAAUAACGACUAUAACAUUCCAGAGGAGCGAUCACCCCCUGCCCGCAGAAUGUGAAGAAGAAGAAGAAGAAGUCUGGGGGAACAAUGGGGGCCAUAAUUCCAUUACAUUUUAUUACAUUCCAUACAAGUUUUGGGUGUCGGUGUGUGGGCUGUUCUUGACACUUAACAGAUUUUAUUCAAUUAAAUUUCAUUAAUUACAAAACUGGGGGUAAAAAUCUUUAGAAAAAUUCUAAAA